ACAAUACAAGGAGAAGAAGCAGUUACACCCUCGAGAAUGGUGAAAUUCCAGGGAAAAUUAUAAAACCAAUUUUCUCUCAAUCCAAACGGCAGAUCCGAUCCGCGCUACAUUCCCAUUCCUCUCCGUCCUUCAACAAAUCCCCUCUCAGUUUUUGAGGAUCCGGUGAAACCACAUGGCGAUGGUGGACCAGCCUCUGUAUCCGAUUGCCGUAUUGAUCGAUGAGCUGAAGAACGAGGAUAUUCAGCUGCGGCUGAACUCGAUCCGACGGCUCUCCACGAUCGCGCGGGCGCUUGGCGAGGAGCGAACGCGGAAGGAGCUGAUUCCGUUUCUCAGCGAGAAUAACGACGACGACGAUGAAGUCCUUCUCGCAAUGGCUGAAGAAUUGGGCGUGUUCAUUCCCUACGUGGGAGGCGUGGAACACGCCAACGUGCUUCUUCCUCCGUUGGAGACGCUCUGCACGGUUGAGGAAACUUGCGUCAGAGACAAAUCGGUGGAGUCGCUGUGUAGGAUUGGGGCUCAGAUGAAGGAGCAGGAUUUGGUUGAACACUUCAUUCCUUUAGUUAAGAGGCUGGCUGCUGGCGAGUGGUUCACAGCACGAGUUUCUUCUUGCGGCUUGUUCCAUAUUGCAUACCCUAGUGCGCCGGAGGUGGUGAAGACUGAACUGAGAGCCAUAUAUGGCCAACUCUGUCAAGAUGAUAUGCCGAUGGUUAGGAGAUCUGCUGCUACAAACUUGGGAAAGUUUGCUGCCACCGUUGAAGCUCCUCACUUGAAAUCAGACAUCAUGUCUGUGUUUGAGGAUCUUACACAAGAUGAUCAAGAUUCUGUUCGGCUGCUUGCUGUUGAGGGUUGUGCAGCUCUAGGAAAAUUGUUGGAGCCUCAGGAUUGUGUGGCACAUAUUCUUCCUGUCAUAGUCAAUUUUUCUCAGGACAAGUCAUGGCGUGUUCGUUACAUGGUUGCAAAUCAACUAUACGAGCUAUGUGAAGCUGUUGGUCCUGAUCCCACCAGGUCAGAAUUGGUUCCUGCCUAUGUUAGGCUGCUGCGUGAUAAUGAGGCUGAAGUACGUAUUGCUGCUGCUGGGAAAGUAACUAAGUUCUCCCGCAUUCUAAGUCCUGAACUUGCCAUUCAGCAUAUUCUACCCUGUGUGAAGGAGCUAUCAAGCGAUUCAUCUCAACAUGUUCGCUCUGCAUUGGCUUCCGUUAUAAUGGGAAUGGCACCAGUGUUGGGGAAGGAUGCAACAAUUGAGCAACUCCUGCCUAUUUUCCUUUCUCUUUUGAAAGACGAAUUUCCUGAUGUCAGACUAAAUAUUAUCAGCAAGCUUGAUCAAGUGAAUCAGGUUAUUGGUAUCGAUUUGUUAUCUCAGUCUCUGUUGCCAGCUAUUGUUGAGCUUGCCGAGGAUCGGCACUGGAGAGUUCGACUUGCUAUCAUAGAAUAUAUACCCUUAUUGGCAAGCCAAUUGGGUGUUGGGUUUUUUGAUGAUAAGCUCGGUGCUCUUUGCAUGCAAUGGCUAAAGGACAAGGUAUACUCAAUCCGUGAUGCGGCCGCAAAUAACAUCAAACGCUUAGCAGAAGAAUUUGGACCGGAUUGGGCAAUGCAACACAUUAUUCCCCAGGUUUUGGACAUGGUUACUGAUCCACACUAUCUGUAUCGGAUGACGAUCCUACAAGCAAUUUCUCUACUGGCUCCUGUUUUGGGCUCGGAGAUUACUUCUUCAAAACUUCUCCCUCUGGUCAUUAAUGCAUCAAAAGAUAGGGUACCUAAUAUCAAAUUCAAUGUAGCCAAAGUGUUGCAGUCUCUCAUCCCAAUUGUUGAUCAGUCUGUCGUUGAGAAUACCAUUCGUCCCUGUCUGGUUGAGCUGAGUGAGGAUCCAGAUGUUGAUGUUAGGUUUUUCGCCUCUCAAGCACUACAAUCUAGUGAUCAAGUCAAGAUGUCUAGCUAGAUCAGUCUGCCUGCUGUCGUUAGUUUUUCUUUCUUUUUCUUUUUAUAUAAGAUUUACAUUUUCUUGUGUAAUUGGCAACACGCCAACUUGCUCAAUCUUUUGUAUCACAUAUCAUUGUGGUGAUCCUGCUUUGCUUUCAUUUUAUCAGUAUUACCAGGUUCUUUGUAGUGAAGAAACAUUGUCCGGAGGUGAGAUCGGUUUUGAUGACCACUAAUUAUGAUUUACCAAUGUGAACAUAUUUUGUAUGAAAUUUUGAUUUACCAAUACAAUGAAUAUAUUCAUUAUCUGCUUAAAA